AUGGCGCACAACACAGCCUCGGCGAUUCUCAAGGAUGACGCGGACGGGUUGGGUGUGAACGAAGGGAAAAUGACGGAGGAUUUUAGCCAGGCAACGACUCAGCUGAUCGAGAAGAUAUCACAACUCCAAAAGACGACAUCUGUGGGCCCGACAAACCCCAUUUUCGACGAGUUGUUCGCUCUCGAGAAGAAGUGCAGACAGGCAAACGAUGGCGCAAGCGGUUCGCGUCUCUGCUGCUUCUACUUGCAAAAUCUGGAGGACUUGCGGAAAGCGGGAGAAGAGAAGAAAGGCGAUGGAGUGCCGAUGAUCAGCGUGACGUUUCUGUGCGACCAGUUGGUCGUCCUGUGUAAAAAGAGAGGCCAGCUGAAACGGACCAUCAGCGACAUCGUCAAGCUCGCAGUCAGCUGGUUACCCGAAAUGAAAAAGGAGGAUAAGAUCGAAAUGAUCGAGACGCUGAAGAAAAUCACCGAUGGGAAGAUCUUUGUCGAAGUGGAGAGAGCACGCCUCGUGUUGAUGCUCGCGGAGAUGAAGGAGGCUGAAGGCAAGAUCGACGAGGCCGCUACCAUUCUUCAGGAAGUUCAGGUUGAGACCUUUGGGGCAAUGGAGAGGCGCGAGAAGACGGAGUACAUUCUGAAGCAGAUGGCUCUGGUUCUGCGACGUGGAGACUUUAUCCGGUGCCAGAUUAUCAGCAAAAAAAUCAGCACAAAGUUGCUGGACAGUGACGAGAAUCUUCAGGAUUUGAAGAUCCGCUACUACUCGCUCAUGAUUGUCUACUACCUCCACGAGGGCCUGACUCUCGACUGCUGCAAGGCCUACCACUCCAUCUUCAAUACGCCGUCCGUACAGCAGGACAAAGACCAAUGGCUUCUGAGUCUCCAGUGCUACGUUCUUUUUCUGCUGCUCGCUCCCUUUGACGACGAGGUGCGACAACUCGCGCACGCCGUCCAGACAGCAGAGGCCAAGAAGCUGAAGGAGAUGCCCGUCUACGCACAACUGCUGAAAGACAUGACGACGGUGGAACUCCUCUCUUGGCCGCUCCCGUACGAGGCAACGCUGAAGGCGCACGAGGUGUUCCAAGACUCGCCGCACGAAGGAGGCGAAGGACGCUGGAAGCUUUUGAGACGCCGCGUUAUCCAACAUAACAUUCGAGUUAUUGCGACUUACUACAGCUGCAUCGAGAUGGGACGCGUCGCUUCCCUCCUCGACAUCACCAAAGAUGAGGCGGAAUCGGAGAUUUCUGAGCUGGUUUGCUCCAACUUUGUCGAGGCGAAGAUUGACCGACCCGCCGGCACCGUUGUGUUUGGCAAACGCAAGGGGACCUUCGACCGCCUCAACGCGUGGGCCACAGAUGUCACCAACCUCUUGGACCGCGUGGACUUGUGCUCGCAUCUGAUUCAAAAGGAGAGAAUGGUGCAUGCGGCUCGCGCAAAGAACGCUGCGCUGCUGGCUCGGAAUGCUAGCUGA